GUGGGCGGGGCUACGGGAUUGGCGUCCCGAAUGAAGUUCUGGAUCGUUAUUGGAUGCCUGCGCUGUUCUACAGAGAAAAAACAAGUAAGAUGGAUUGGAACAAAUUGCGCACCUAUUCUGGGAAAAGGAAGACCCGAACAAAUACGCAUUGUGCUUCUCCUGUGCCAGACAUGGUAGUUCCUGGUAUUGUGGGCAGGAGGAAUGCCUCUAGGCAGUGCUUAAACCUGAUUUCCAAACGGCAGACUGGAAGUGUCAGUGCAAAAACAUUACCAGCAAUUCAAGAAACCUCUAAGGUAGAUUGCUUUUCAGCUGAACAAAGUGUUGAAAUGAACUAUAAUGAGAGCACAGGCAUGAAUAUGAAUGAAAAUAUCAAGAAUAUGGACAGUAAUACAUCUCAGGAUUCUCUGCAUUUAAACACUGGAAGUAGAGAAAGCCUGGGAAAUAGUGAGACUAGUUCAGGGAUGACCCUACCAACUGGUGUUUCAGACUUUCUGCUAGAGUGCUUGGAUUCUAGUAUAGAAAUUAAUACAGAAUCUGGUGAUGGAACAAAUAGUUACUCAUCACCUGAAACAUUCAGGGAUGGCAGCGAUUUAGAAGAAACCUGUGUCGGUCCCAGAGAAUACUUUGGAUGCAAGAAUUCUACACUCCUGGACACCAGCAGAGCCAUCAAUAUAGACAAGAUAUCACUGCCAAGUUUUUCAAAAACAUUUGAAAAUACUUUGGAAGGUCGAGAGGAACACCAUACAAGUGACAAACUGUUCAAGAGCAAACAGUGUUGUGAAUCAACAGAUGUGCCAACUACAAUUAAAGGGAAACAAGUGUACAAAAUCCUGUCAUCAAAGGAAAAAACACCAAAAUCAAAACCUUCUGAAAUUUUGACACUGCCCCCAAAACAAAACAAACAGCUUGAUGAUCAACAACCCAGAAGAACGAAGUUCAGAAAGAAGGUACAUUUCAAAAGUGUUCUUGAAAGCACGGCAUCCUCCUCCUCUUCUGCUGCGCUUUCUUCCGCUAAUUCAAAGGCAUCAGCUCCAUCUCAUGGAAUUAUAGCUGGAGAGUUAGCCUCUGAAGAGCCAGGUGCUAAUAUGUAUUUGCAUCAUCCACCAGAAAUCUGCUGCAUCAUUAAAGCUUCACCAGAAUUUAGACCACUGAAAGUGGUCCAGCAUCCACUGAGCAGACGAAUACUGUUCCCCCCACCAGGAGUAUCAACAGAUAUUAUUACCAGUGACAUAAACUGGAUCUACGGUAAUGAUAGAUGAUCACUUCCCCUGUUCUUCAGGACAUAACAGAAAAAAAAAAGAUUGGAAGGAGGAAUUGGGAGUACUUUAUGGAACAUUGUAAAGUUGCAUUGUAUGAGCAGUGCCCCCAAAUCGUAUUUGAACUAAUGGAACUUAGGUUUUUAGCUAUGUAGUUUAAUGUUAUAUUGAUUUCAGUAACAUGUUUAAAGUUUCAUAGAAAGUAUUUGUAGUAGCUGAGAUAUAAGUGAUUGCAUAUAUAUCCAUAUUUCAGAAUUUUCGAAACAAUUAAAUGAUAAUCAGAUGAGGAAUUUGAAAUCUGUACUGUUUCUUUGCCAGAAGGUAUUUUGGAUCUUGGGGAUUGUUCUCUUAAGUGCAGAUUUAAAAUUUUUAAUUUCAUUUAGUGAGAAAUUCAGAAAACGAAAAAAGAUUAGACUGAACUAAGAUUUUGUUAAAUUUCAAACUUGGUGAUACUUUUAAAGAAAAUUAUGGAAGAAUAAUUGACUUGGGUAUGUCUGCAUUCUAGUAGGCAAGAAUGCUGUGAUUGGUGUAAAUAUUCUAGUCCAUAUUUAUAUUCCGUUCUCCUGUACUGCUAUUAAGAAUUUAGUAUUGCUUUGAACUUUUCUUUAUCCCAAGCCAGCCCCGCAUCUCUCCCUCCCUCCCCUCCCGUCCUGUUUGGUCGAGCGGGGUGGGAGAACAAGAGGCAGCAGGUCUCCGUGUUUCUUGAUGCCUGCUGGCUGCAAAAAGCAGGAAGACCAGGCCAGUUAGCCCUAACUCUCUUUCCUCUCCUGCUCAGCCAAGCAGGACGGGAAAGCGAGAGGUGGCAGCAGUCUCCCUGCUUCUUGCAGCUGACUGGCUGCAAGAAGCAUGGAGAGCUGGCCUGCUGGCCCUGCCUUUUUAGGUGGGGGGGGGCGGGUUUAAAGAAUGCAAGUGUCCCCUGGGUUUUUCAAAAGACCCCUGACCUAAAAAAUCCUGGCAAUGCCCAUGUCCAGUAUGCGCUGAAGUUGCUUGUAACUCUGAUUAAUCUCAGUAAGAUUUGUCAUCCAAAGAGAAAUGUAAGCCAAUGUAGAACAGUCAUAUCUACUUUUAAGUCCUAAUACUUCCCCUUAACUGGGUUUAUGAAGUUAUGUUCCAUGUGAAUACAGAUUAGAAUAAUGAACUCAAAGUAUGUAUAUGUAGAUAAAACUAGGCAUGUUCUUGAAUUUUAAUCAGCUGUUUCUGUUUAAGGUUGGACUUUACUUACUCUGUUCCUGAUUUUGAUUUACUGUGCCCUUUAAAACAAAACUCCUGUCCUAUAAAAACUUUGUUACAUAGUA